AUUUCUUUAAAAAAUAUAUUCUCUUCUCCCGAGAAUGAGAAUUCAAACCAUGUGACUUUCUCUGGUGUACAACAUAUCACGUGACUAUUGUUAUCGCCAUGAUGGACAAUCCUUGAACGGAACAAAAUUUAACUAAUUAAAAAUGGAAUCUCUUGAAAUUGAAUCUCUGACAGCAUCAUGACAGAACUGGCAAGUAAGACAACUGUAGUUCAGAAGCUUAGCAGCACCCCAGCCACUGAAAAAACCUACCAAAAUGUUACUAUUAAUAGAUCGGAUGAAAUCAUUGCAAUGGCUGCUUUAUCCUCCAUUGGUAACAUUGCCAACACAACUGCAAAGCCAAUUCCCACCUCUGAAGCUGCAUUAGUAUCAGCUCCUCAGAAUUCUGUAAUCCCAAAAAUUGCCACCACAGCAAGUGUCAAAGCCAAAGAACCAGUGCCCAAUGUCAUCUAUGUCUAUGAUGGAUCUAAACUGCCCCAGAUACAUGGAAGAAUUGAGAAGGCGAGUAUAUCUGGAUCCUUUUCCUCCCCACAUAACAUUACAGUACUCAAAGAUUGUGAGGGAAUAUCAGCAGACAGUGAUCCACAGGUCAUCACCCCCAUAGCUAACCAAAUGGUGGUCAGUAAAGAGGUCUUCAAGUGUGAGGAGUGCAAGUACUCUACACAUAACCGGAGUUAUCUGAAGCAGCACAUCGACUUGAUCCACAAUGCAGUGAGACUGUACAAGUGUCCUUUCUGUGACUAUGCUGGAAAGAGAAGCCACUCUCUGAGGGAACAUCUCAUUGUUCACUCCAAUGAGAGGCCCUACACUUGUCCUCACUGUAAUGCCACGUUUCGCAAGAAAGGUCAUUUGACAAAUCACGAAAAACUGCACAAGAAAUCAGUGAAAUGUCCAAUUUGCACAGAAUGGUUUCCAAGUUCAGAAAUUGAGGUACACAUGUUGGAAAAGCAUAAUGCAAGAAAAUUUCUGUUGUGUGACAUUUGCAAGUUUAUGGCUUUAGAUGUGCCUACUUUUAAUAAGCACAUGGAAUCUCAUCACACAACAGACAGCCAAAAGAAACAGAUUGUUUGCAGCAGUUGUAAAACAAUGUGCCCUGACUUUGACUCCUUUAAAGAACAUGCCAAGCUACAUGAAAAUGAAUCAGAAGAAGAAACAAAACAGACUGCAGCUAGUCCCAUGAGAAAUGUAAUGAUCAAAUGUUCGGAGUGUGGCAUUGUGACAUCAGAUCAGGAGUCAAUGAGAGUGCACAUGUGGGUCCACAUCAAUCCGUCACUGAAGAAGGAAGUGACCACAACAGAAACUGCAGAGAAAAACAUGAAACACACUGCCUACAAGUGCCUUGAUUGUGAUUUCACCUGUGAGGAAGCCAAAGUAUUUGUUGCUCAUAUGGUGCAACAUAAACCUGAUUUACAGACAGCAGUUCCAGAACCAAAGAAACACGAUACAGUAUUAUCCAAUGAAUCUCAAGUUGAAAAAUCUCCCACUAAAGUUAUUACAGACAGCAGUGAAGAAGAAAUUGUCAUAAUAUCAGGUUCAAGUCCUGCAACCAAACAGCAGAUUGAGAAAUAUCUAGCAGAAAAGUUUUCAAGGCCAGCUGAGAAAGAAGCAGUUAUCAAUAUUCACCCAGUGAUUCAACAAGUUGUUUCAAAACAGGUUAAUCAAGGCAGCCAGAACAAUCCUGAACAACUCCCCUUUGUUCAAGACCAGUCCAAUGCAAAAUUCCGGUGCACUAUUUGUGGAUAUACUUGUGAUCACCAAAGAACUAUUAAAGCGCACAUAUGGAAACAUUCAGGAAACAAAAACAUUGAGUAUCCCAUGUUCAGGAAUGGUCCACUUAGUGUGUAUGAAGACAUGAGUGUUUCUGCAGUAAUGAAAGAGUAUAUUCUUCCUCAAGAAAAAGCUGUUACGAGUGAUACCAGAUCGGAUGUGGCUGACAAAGUAAAACCGAAUGAAGUGAAAACAGCUGUAAGCAAUGUUGCGCCAGCAUUGGCCAGUUUGCUAGCUCAGAGGGCGAAACAAAAACCCAAUGAUGCAGGUCCAAGUGUCCCUCAGGCAGAUAAAAUCCAAAGUAAAGUAAAAAAUGUUGAUUUAAAUGUCCGCAAAAUACCAGGAACAGACUAUUUUGAAGUAAACAUCUGUACAGAAACUCAUCCUAAAGUAGAGGAGAGCAAUACGAAAAUGAAAGAAUGUGGUCAGAAAAAGCAUGAAUUUGAUGAAGAUGUAGAUGUGCAAGUAUCUUUGAAGCAGGAAGGUUCUCUCGACUCGAGGCCUGUGGUGGUGGAGAGUGUUGAUACAUAUUCUUCUUUUUCAACAUACACGAGCAUGAGAAGUGGUGAGAACAGUCCAAAGUCAACAGUUCCAGAAGAUGCAGUGAGUGAGGACCAAGAUUCUGGUGUCGCUUUGGAUUCCUCAUCUCAGAAAGAGGUUGAUGCAUCAAACUCCAACCAGAAAGACAGUGGGAAGGAGAAUAAGAUGAUGGAAAUAUCAUACCACUGUUCAGACGACUUGCAGACUGUGGAAUAUGAGGUAUCUAGUGGGGAUAAAGCUACAAAUAAUGAGGACGAUGUUGAAUCAGAAGAGGAGUCCCUGGAAGAUGACAUGGAAGAAACUCCAUCGUCAAAGAGGACAAGAACCACGUCUGUAACCACUGAGUCGGCUGUGACACUUCUGUCCUUACUACAGAAAGGACCCAACAAAAAUCCAGCUUGCCCUGUCAAAGAAGAAAGCCAAAGUGGUGAACAACCAAACACCAAAGAGAAAACAACUGAGACAGAAAGCUCCAAGAAGGGUGGGAUAUCCUCCUCUUUGUUGGCAGUCAUUGAACAACUCAGAGAAAGAUCGCGAGAACGAGACAACUUGGAGGAUGAGACAACGUUAACCUUGUCGAACAAACGAGGCACGAAGCGGAAGUUGAAAAGGGAGACAGAGGAAGAUAUCAGCGUUUUGGAAAGUAUGGAUAAUGUUGAAAAGACUGAGGAUUCAAAGUAUAGGUGUAAACUCUGUCAUUAUUCCCACCUUGACUCCUUCAUGAUAAGGCAACACAUGCGGCUUCACAAAGAAAAGAAACCGUUUGAAUGCUCUCUAUGCGAGUUCGUAGCUGUUUCAAGUGAGGAUUUACAAGACCAUAUGAUCAAACAUUGUAAAGUCAGAACAUAUCAGUGUAAAUUGUGUAGUUCAGCAUUUAACUACAAAAGUCAGCUGCGGGCCCACAUGAGAGCGCAUAAUGACAAAGACAUAUUUGUUUGUGAUGAUUGUGAUUACGAAAGUAACAAUCCGGUGGCGUAUCGCAACCAUGUUCGUGGACACGCAGAGAAAAGAUUGUACAAGUGUGAAGUGUGUGAGAAUCGGUUCGUUUCUAAGCACGAUUUGCGAACGCACAAGAAGCUUUUAUGUGGCAAAAACAGAUCGUUCAGCUGUGAUGAGUGUGACUUUGUCGCCAUUGGAGCCCAAGAACAGCGCACUCAUGCCAAGGUCCACAACAAGGAAUUCAAGUGCGCCAAGUGUGAAUUUGUCACCACCAGCAUCACUCGGUUUCAGAAUCAUACCAAAACUCACGAGGAGGAACCGAAAUCUCUGAAAUGCGAGCUGUGCGAUUUUCCCGCCGUUUCGAGUCGAAGUUUAAAGUCUCACAUGAAACGUCACAUCAACGACCAGCGGUUUGUUCAGCAACCACUGGAACAGUACAAAUGUAACCUUUGUGGCUAUGUGUGCCACCACUUGCCGUCCCUCAAGUCACACAUGUGGCGGCACGCUAGCGACACCAACUACAGCUACGAGUUUACCAACGAAGUCAUCAACGCCGCGAUUGAUUACGACUGCCAGAUCGGUAACCGUGAUUGUCAGGAGACGGACAUAGCAGUAUUCUUCAACACCAUACGGCAAAAACUGAAAGAGAGGCUAAAGAAAGAGAAAGCGGACACCGACACCGACCGCACCCAGCAGGCCGUGUGCUGGGUGACCUUCCGGUGUUGUCAGUGCGGCUUUGAGACAAUCAACAAGGCGGAACUUAACGUUCACAUGAAGACGCACUCUGACGUCAUCCAAUGGACGCUGCAGGUACCGAAAGAAGACGUAAAAUCUUCCAAAUAAAUUCUCAUGACAUUUUCCGUAACGAUGGGUAAUUGCAAACACGGGUUAUAUUUUUAUUGAAUCAAAGAUAGGGCUUUGUACCCACAAUCAGGGAAUCUCUAGGCAUCUAAAUUUGUAAAUAGACUGUAUUUUCUUAAUUUGCAAAUAGACUGAAUUUUCUUAGGAAUGUAAAAAGUAGGAAUUUUAUAGCAGUUACUCUGUAUUUGAAAUGUUUUAUGCUAUUAUUAGAUGUAAAAACUAGUUUUUGCAAUGACAUUUUCAUUUCGGAAACGUUACAAAAUCGGUAGCUGAUUGAAUCUCCAUCGAGCCUCUCGGGAUGUGUUAUCUUAUCCUAUGUUGAUCGUUUUACUUUUGUUUUUAACGUGUUUGAAUAGAUCUCGUGUUUAUUAGAUGUUUUCUCAUUGUUUGUUAGUGUUUUUUCUGUUUUGAUUGUGGUUGUGAAUUUUGUCAUGUGCAUGUAAAUAUUUAGUACACUACAAGUGUAUGUGUACAGUGUGAAUGCGAUGUGUUGAUUGCGAAUUUAAUCAUUUGUCAUGGAAACUACAUGUAUUAUAAACAAAAGGACUUGCUGAGAAGGAAGUUUGUGUACGUGUUUCAUGAUGCAGCGCCACGGGUAUCUGAUCUGCGGCUGGGCAAAUUUAAAGCGAUAUGAUGAGCUGUAUUUUUAAUAAUUUUUCGUUUGCUUUAAAAUGUGUUAUGAAGGAUAUUAUGCAUUCAUCUGCUACUUUUACGAUAAAUAAGACUCCAUCAAAGAGUUUAAUUUCAAGGGAAAAAAACAAGAUUUCCUGAAUCAGAAUUUUCGGCAUAGAGUAACAAUUUUUUGUAAUUUUUCUUUUUCAUUAAAUUUUUUUUAAAUUGUAUUUUUCUGCCAUUGUAAUAAUUUAUAACAAUUUUACUAUAGAAUCUUUUUCCGUCACAAAAAUUGCAGCUCGUAUUUUCAAAGGUAAUUUUACAUUGCCUUUUGUAAGAGUAGUUAUAUGUCAAGAUACAUUACUAGUUUACUACUGGGAUGUUUUCUUUAGUGAAAGGAAAUGGCAUGUUUUUCCUUGAAUCUCGUUUGUUCUAUUUUAUGUUUUUUUGUUUUGCCCCGUGUGAUCUGUAUAUGCCAUAUGUUUUUAUUAUGUAAAGCAUUCUUUGGUGUGCAGCUAUACUUCAACCUGAAUGUUAUUUUUGGUUAAAUUAACCGGUUACAAUUAAAAAUAUCUUCGGAUAUAAUAUUGUUGAAAAUUAUAUGAUUUUAACAAGAGUGGAAAUGCUAAAUAGUUUAUGAGAAAUGUAAAUGUCCUGUACAGGUUACAACUGUAGUAUUUUGUACGUGUAUAUAGUUUUUCGCCAUGCCAUAUCCGGCUGUCCUCGCAUUCAUCUGAUGCCUUGUGAGUAGAUGCCAUGUAUUUAACAUACAAAAAGAUGUUUACUGAUUUGUUUUAGUUUUUGUCAGUGAAUGUAUAUCAUAUGAAGUGCUAGAUCAGUCCAUUUACACCGAGAACGUAGUCUGCUUUUAGAUUUUGAAAACAAAUAAACGAAUAAUAAACUUGA